AUGUCUUCGAGUGAACGGAAGAAGAGCAUUGAAUUGGACGAAGUAAUCGAUUUAAUAGGUGAUUUCGGUUUGUAUCAAAUAGUGGCCGUCACGCUCUUCAUUGUGGCCAUAAUUUUGCAUUCAGCUGUACACAAUGCCUUCGUUUUCACUGCUUUAAAUCUCAAUUACCGGUGCAAAAUUCCGGAAUGUGAGACAUCGCCGCCCGUCUACGAUGCAGCGUUCGUCGCUGGAGCCAUUCCCUCCAACAAUUUAGGACCUGAAAAAUGCGAAACUUAUUUAUACAAUUUUUCAUCGUUGGAAGAAAUCACUUGCAGGCCCGAUGAGUUCGACCAUAGCGGUACCAAGAAAUGCAACGAAUUCGUAUACGAGAUGGACGCUUGGAGCAUCCUGCAAGAGUUCCACUUGCAAUGCGAAAAAAACGAAUGGAAAUUGACGCUGGUGGGUACCAUUAACGGUGCCGGGCAACUGGUCGGGAUUUUCAUCGGCGGUCUCAUCGCCGACAGAUUCGGUAGAAAAUUCGUGUUGAUAUGGGGUAUGGUUCUGUGCGCUGUUUUCGGCUUAAGCAGAACCUUAGUAACCACCUACGAGCUGUUCCUGGUGUUCGAAUUCCUCGACGCCUUCUUCGGAUCCAGCACCUAUAUCUGCGGAUUCGUCUUGGGUGUCGAAUUGGUGGGCCCCAAAAAACGAGUGCUAACAGGAAUCCUGAUCAGCUCCAGCUACGCCGUAGGAGAAGUGGUAACAGCCCUAGCAGCUUGGGUAUUCAAAUCUUGGAAACCAAUCAUCUACGCGCUGUACGGCCCGUCCCUAUUCCUCAUCGUUUACAUAUGGGUGAUCCCGGAAUCGGUGCGGUGGCUGCUGAGCAAAGGCCGCACCGAAGAGGCCAAGGUGAUCCUACGCAGAGCCGCCAAAUUCAACGACAAGGAGCUGUCGGAGAGCACGCUGGAGAAGCUCACUUCGUCGGCACCCCAGCACUCCGACGGGAACCACGACAGCCUCCUGCUGGCGUUGAAAUCUCGCGUCCUGUUGCCCAGGCUGUUGACGUGCGCGUUCUGCUGGAUGGUCUGCGCGUUCCUCUUCUACGGCUUCACGCUGAACUCGGUCAGCCUGGCCGACGGCAACCCCUACUUGGACUUCAUACUGACCUCGCUGAUCGAGAUACCGGGCUACUGGUGCUCGAACUUCAUGCUGGAUUUGUUUGGGAGGAGGAAUUCGCUGUUCGCGUCGUUUUUGAUAACGGGCGUGGCGUGUGCUGUGCACGUUUUUAUACCGAUCGGUUCCUACGCCGGCGGUUUGACGAUGUUCCUCAUCGGUAAAUUCGGAGCUACUUUGGCCUUUACUAAUGUGUACGUGCACACCAGCGAGAUGUUCCCUACGAGGAUGCGGCAAACUUUCAUGGGGAUCUGCUCGACGUUGGGCCGGAUCGGGUCCAUCACGGCCCCGCAAACGCCUCUAUUGGGUCGAUUGUGGGUGCAUCUUCCUAUGGUGACCUUCGCUGUUUUGGCGGUGGCGGCGGCGGCGUUGUCGUUUUUGUUUCCGGAAACUGCGAAUAUCAAGCUUCCUGAUACUAUAGAAGAAGCGGAGAAUUUGUCUCGAUUGCCUAAAAGCGCGCCGAGUGAGGACCAAGAGAAGCCCAGCACCGCGUAA